AUGGGUUUAGGAGUGACUAGACCUACUCCAUUGGAAGAAUCGGUGGUCUUAAAGGGGGAAGCCACUCACUGGAGAUUGCCAACAGGUGCACCACUUACACCAACCAAUACAUCAGAAGGGGGGCCGCCUGAUGGUAUUCCUCAAGAUGGGGGCCUUUCAGUUGGAGCCAUAGCAGGUAUUGCAGUUGGAGCUAUCAUUGCCAUCGCAGUCAUCAUCGUUCUGAUCGUCGUAUUUGUUGUGAAACCAGAUUGCAUCGGAGGAUCGGGUUCUCGGGUUUCUUCUUGCCCUAAUCCUGACAGGCCACCAAAGACCACAAGUCAUAAACACAGCACCAGUGCAGUAGGGUCUAGCAAUGGCAACGAGAAGAACGAUGUUGAAGCACCUUUAAACGGUGUGAAUGAGGUUAUCACUCAGGAGAAGAUCAAACCUGAAGCAGCUCCCAGAGGACAUAGUUCAAUCAAACACACCACUGAUAACCCAGAUCAAGCUGAGUAUGCUAUGGUAGACAGAAGACAGGGAGGUAGAGGUGAUACCACUGACGCAAGAGGAAACGGAGCAGGCCAGAGAGGGGCUACAAACGCCGGAUAUCAGAACGAGCAACCAGGCAUGCACUAUGCCGAUUUAGACCUUACAUCGGGCGCUGGUCAUUCAGAUAGAGUGGUUCCUAAAAACGAGGACGGCGUUGUCGUCUAUUCAUCCAUCCUGGUGUGAUCAAGAUUUCUAGAAACUCUGUAUAUAAUCAUCGAGUGGUACUAAAACAUAUAUCCUCCAUUGUCAUUGAUCUAACGUCAUGUGAAGAGCUGGAAUGAUUUCAUCCUAGAAGUCUCAACAUCAGUCGAGACUUGCCGGAGACCUUAACCAUACUUGAAAUGACCAACGCCGGAACAGAUUAAGGCAUUUGGGAAGCAACAAAAAAUUAAACAACGGCCUACCAAAUCCGACUGGAAACACCAGUAUUUAUUCCAGCCAUAACAAAUUAGAAUUUCUUGAAGUUCUAGCUUUGAGGAGGUCGCCGCCUGUCUACUGAAACCAAUAAAAAUAAAUUCCAUCUCCAAUUUGCUGUUUUUGAGAUUCAAGAAUAUCAAGACUUCCUGAGAAGUAACUUGAUUUGAUCGGGAAAUCUGACCUGAGAGAGGUGUUUCACAAAGAUUUUUUAAGUUUUACUAAAAGUCGCACUUAAAUUUGCAGUUGCGUGCGGUAUCAAUCUCAUCACCGCACCAUGCUCAGGUAUCGUGUGCUACUGCAUAUCAAACAAUGACUUCAAGGCCCAGUCUUGCAAAGAGUGACGAUUGAUCCAAUCAAUCUCAACUUUAUGGAUAUCCAUCCAUACCAUAAUUUUUCUGCAGGAAAUUUGCAGUCUCCUUGGUAAACAAAGAACAUCGCACUGAAUCUUCAAGAGAAUGAUGAAAGUACGUAUGAUUACACAUCAUAUCUAGAAAAUAUUCUGAACAAAUUUGCAUUUUAGAUGUAGACAUUGGUGGCCAUCCAUAGUUGUGGUUGAUCGGAUCAAUCGCAACUCUUUGUUAGAUGGGGCCCAGGUCAAACGUAGCUCUUAGUGAAAUAGUCUCUCAGGAUUCCAAUCUUUCUACUUAAUGCAUGAUGGAGCAGGGAGGAAAGGAACUGUCAAAUUCCAUCACAUAAUUUUGUUGUCAACAAAGUUUGACUUUUUUUCUCAACUAUUUACAUGUACCUACUUUCGAUUUUAUCCGUUUUCACAGUGUUCUAAUGGUGUCGUCGGACUCCAAGAGUGACCAACAUCUGUAAUGUAAUAUAUAGUUAUUCGGAGUUAUGCUGUAUAGGCUUAUUCAAGGUUAAUGAUUUUAGCUGCGAGCAUGAUGUGUGGAAAAUUGAACAUAUGGAUAAGGUAUCAUAGAGCUGAUUUAAGUUGCGUUUGCUCUGAAUUUCACCAGAUAUUUUAUGUAAUGUGAUUUGAUUCAGCACUUUGAAAAAUGCACUGCGAUUUAAAAAGGCAAGUAUUUAUUAUGUAAACGUGCUUUCAUGUUAUAACCACUAUUCGAGCAUCAUAUUGGCAAUUUAUGUAGAACAAUGUUAAUGACAGACUGCUAAAUGUAAAUAAGUUGAUGUUUUUGCACAAUUUCCAAAGCGCAAUUUUUUCCUAUGAAGGGGGAUUUAUUCAAAUUUUGCUGCCUGUUUCAAAUUUCUUGCUUGCAUUAAGAGGUAUUUAUGUGAUUUAUAAAUAAGCUCACCUGAUAAUUUUUUUUUUUGGUAAAUUUGUUCAUGUUUGCGAAUGCUGGCCAUUCUAACCUUUUGUUAACUCUUUCUUGGGGGCAAACUUUUGAGCAUUUUAAUCAAAUCUGCACUCUCAAAAGCCACUAAGCCCUUAUCACAACAAACAAACUUGUUCUCACAGAUUCUAGAAUUCUAUGAGAAAUUUGCUGUCAGCCAAUUAACUGAUACCAUUUCAGGAGCUUAUAACAAUAGCUUGUCUGUUACAAUCGAUAACAAGUUCUGUGCAACAAGACCCACUACAUUAUUACAAUUCUGCAAAAUAGUUCUUUAGUCAUGUUUAUGUUAUUAAAGUUUUUGAUUUCUGACUUGUGCAGUUAUUACAUAAUAUGAACCGAAUUCUCCAACAACAGCAUAGCAUUCAUUUAUUACAGAGAGCUAUAACAAUUAAAGCACAAGUUGCGAUCUAAUCCAAGCUAUUUUAGUGUUUUAUUGAAUUAGAUCUUAAUUGCAUAUAAGAGCCAACAGCAUAUCAAUACUUGUCUAGCAAUUUCAUUGAAAAUUUGUGUUGCAUCUUGCGUUGGGGGUAGUCGGGCCGUCUGCUUGCAUUCUACCCAGUAAUUUGUACAGUAUGCUUUGUAUAAUCCGAAACUGCCACAGAAUUAUUCAUAUUUCUAAGGAAAAAAUAAAAGGAAAAUGCAUAUUAACUGCUUUUGUAGAACAAGAAGAAGAAAAGAAAACUUCUGUUUUAGAAUGAUUUUCAGAGCAAAAAUGAAUGUGAUGUAUAUUUGUGUUUGCAAAAUUUCCUCACAGCGCAUAAAAGAUUACAGAAAUAAAGUCCAAUAAUCAAUAAAAGAAUUUGAAGAUUUCUACCAGGUAGGGAGAUGGUGAUUGGUCACAAAUGGUUUGAAAUAAAUUACUUAAUGUCGUCUUGAAAUAUUUGCUGUGCCUUACAAAUAAUGUGUUUUGUGUUUUAAGGGUUAUUACAUUCCAUUUGAAGUGACAUUUACACUUAAACAUUGAAAAGCGCCAUCUUAUGUUGGGAUUCAGGAAGAGUGUGCACUGAUGUUGACCCAUAAUGCAACAUUAUACCCUGUUCUAAAUUAUUAUACAUUGCCUAGCAAUUUUCAAAGUGAAAAAAUAACAAGAUUAUCUCAACCCAUCGGCAAUCAGUACCAAUUUUUUUAAGGGCUAUAGAAAUUGUGCAGAAUAAAUGAAAAUAAAGGGGGGAAAGGGAAAUAUGAAAUGCUUAUAAUUAAUAGUGAUCACUAAAAUUAUUGAAUAUAUUGACAACAUUUUGAAAACUGCAAAUUCGAUAAUUUUCAAUUUAUUCUGAUGCAAAAACUUUAGAUGUUAAAAAAAUCACAAAUGUAAGGAAAUACUGUUGCCAAUUUAAAGAUUAAAAACAUAAUUGAAUAACACUUCAAAAAGUUCAUUGACCCCGACAUACACAUAUAAAAAAAGUUCAUUGACCCUGAUGGAUCAACACAAGUGCACUCUCCAUCCAAUUCUCGCAUUAAGAGCCGUUAUUCAGUGUGUUGAGUGAAGAUCCAUUUGAAUAGAAAUUCUGUAAAAAUUCUGCCAAAGACGAUAAUGUGCCCAUCUUCAACGUGAUAUGGCAUUGAUGAUGAAAUAAAAUGAAAUCAAAAGGAGAAGUUGACAAUCAUGAUCAACUCUUAUCAUCGGAUUGCUUUCAAAUUUUCUACUAUUUUUUUUGCAUGAAACUGCAGCAAACUAAUCUGCUUUGAGUAAUCGUUCUUUUUUCUGCUCCCUCAGCUUCUAGCGUCUUGUAGAAAAAAUAUUGAAAAAGAUUGUUAAAAAAAAGGUUAGCUUGUUUAUUGUACAGUAUCAAUCAGAAAGUACUUUAGCCAGUUGACUUAUGUAAUUUUUCUUUUUGAUUGCAUUUAUCAUGUUUAAGAUUGUACAUUUUUGGAUAUCCAUUUAUAUUUGUGAAUAUUGUAAUUAACAUUGAAGAUGUAUUAACUGUGUAAGUUGUAUCCAUUUCGUCUAUAAAUAUUGUUAUCUAUUCCUUGUUUUUUGAUACUGUAGAAUGUAUGGUUGAAGCAGUUACUUCGGCCAACCAAAUGGGUGCAAAAUGCCAUAUGUAAAUAUUUUUUUCUUCUUAAAAUUGGUAAGAAAAGAUUGCUUUUCCAUGCUGAUUAUUUUCUUUUACGAAACAGCAUUGUGAAGAUGUUAUAUUUUUCAGGAAUUGUAUUGAAACUGAAGUGGAGUUUGUUUUCACGUUUUGAACUUACAAACAAUUUUUGUUGGAAACUCGCUGUAAGUUUAGACCAAGGUCAGAGUUAGAAUUUCUCAAUGUGAUAUUGAGAGGCAUGUCUAGAUGCGUGAAGUUAUUUGUAGAUGGAUUUUCAGAUAGUUUCCUUGGUUUAUAAUAAAAAUGUUAACUCUUCAACAAAAUUACACAUUUAACUCAUCUUACAUUUUAGGACCUUGGAGUUAUAUUUAUAUGUUUGUUAAAGGGAAAUAAUCUUCCUUAUAAUCAGACAUAGAAUUUUCAAAUUUUUUAUCUUGUUGUUAUCUAGAUUUCGUAUUAAAUCUAGAUGAUGUUUAUUAUAUAUUAUUAUUCUAGUUGUUACCUACUAAUGUACUUAUCUAAUAAUCAAUAUUUUCUGUAAAAAUUCUGUUACUCCUCACAAAUGUCUUAGUGCGCACCUUUUAUAGAGACAGAGAUUUUCCGUUUUACCGGUAAAUAAAACAGAAAUUCUGUAAAUAAAACAGAAAUUCUGUUUGAUUCUUAUACUUUUCAUGUAAAAAUUAAUGGAAUUCACCUUAGCAAAACGGAAUUCACGUUUUUGCUGUGUACAUUUUCAGCGACAAAACAAAAUUUCCAUUUUUAGAUCAAGUUGAAACGGAAAAUACAAUUUUUUUUUAAACGGAAAAUCACUGUCUCUACUUUUAUUAAACUUGAGUGGCAUACUGCUUGAGCUGAAAGAAUGCAGUUUCCGAGAAAAUCAUUGUUUUCAAUUUAUUUUCAAGUUAUUAAAGUCAGUGAUCUAUUAUUGCUAUGGCGACUUUCAUGGAAUAUGAUUGCACAGAUUAUGAACGGAGACCUUCUCAAGUACCUUUUUAUUCAUAAUUAGCUUUUAAAUAAGAAUAUCAAACUUUUGUUGCUAUGUUUCUACUAGUCUACUCAGAAUGUAUUUUGAAAGAGCAUGUUUGUUUUGCAACCAUUUAUUGCAUCCAUAUUUUUUGCAAAGUAAGAAAUAUCUAAAAGGUUUCAGGACUUUCAGAGAAUAAAUGUAAUAGCAGUUGCCUAUCAAUUAUUUCACUUAUAAAGCAAUUUGUUAAUCUUUGAAUGGUGCCCAAUUACUUCUUGGUGAUGAUUGAAUCUAUUCCUGACAUGAUUUGAACUGUAGAAGUGAUGAUGCACCCAUCUUUUAUUUAAAAUGGUUCACAAUGUUUUGUUUUUGUAGAUAUAAGGUAUGAUUUCAAUAAAGUGAUAAUGUACAUUAAUGAACAAAUUA